ACCUUUCAUGUUCUCUCUUUUCUUCCAAGGAACUGGCAAAGUAUUUCCUGGCAGAGUUGCUCUCCGAUCCCAACCAGCCGGACAACGAGGCCCUGGCUUCAGACGACCUGUCCCGCGGGGCCGAACAAGAUGAGGUCAGGAUGGAACUCGAGCGAUCGGCCAACUUGAACCCGGGACUGACCCCUCGGGAGCGCAAAGCCGGAUGCAAAAAUUUCUUCUGGAAAACCUUCACUUCUUGUUAG